UAACAGAUUUGACUUGGAAGGACAAUUAGAACACGUCUAUUAAAGACGUUGUGAGCCAUGACUGAAUACAAACUUGUGGUUGUUGGAGGUACCUUUAAGCUUCGGUGCUACUUGACUAAUUGUUUCUGUAGACCCUUCUUAGUGCGAUCGCUAAGUAGAUUUUAUUUGGUGCCAAUCGGUAACUGCUGCUUGUUUUACUUUUUCAGCUGGAGGUGUUGGAAAGAGUGCUUUGACUAUACAGUUGAUUCAAAACCAGUAAGUAGUUUAGUGACAAUCAACCUCUUCUAUGUCAAUCGGAAUAAUUGUUUUCCUUCCUUCUUUUAACGGUCGAUCAAGUUCGAUCGUGUGUCUGAGCUCAUACAUGUUGACCUCGCCUCAAAAUACAGUAUUUGGGAAUCGCCGAUUAUUGUCAAAUAUCACUCUGAAAUCAUUCUUAGUAACUUUUCCUACUGCACUCAUUUCAUAAUGAAUUCACGUUUGUAACGUACAUGGCCUUGCUUGUACACAAGCUUAAUUUUAAUUACAGUCAGAAAUUACAGUCGCCCAAUUCGCGGAACCUGCCGCCGGUCGAUUAACCACUUUCAGAGCUAACUUGUGCUUUGUGUAAUUGCCAACCUGUACCCCAUGGUACCUGCAGACUUAAAGAUUUAAAUCAAAACUUACUAAGAACACCUCUUGGUAAAUGACGCUUGAAGAAGCUGGCUAUUCCACUGAAACGUGCAUUGCAUAUUUCACCCUCUUUGCAUCUGCGAAGAUCAUCUUCCUGAGACGAAAAAUCUCAGUUUACGCCGCAUAGAAUGUUCUAGGACUCAGCCAUAGGCCAUUUUAUUAAGGUAUUUGCACUUAGAAAUGAUACGAGGGACUUUUGAGUCUUAAAACGUGUUUGGUUGCAGAUAUAUUUCUUUGGGAAAAUGCGUGUUGAUGUGCAAUUUUGGGCUGGUGGAGGUAAGGAGUGGUAAAAGGGGUGUGGAUCAAGGGUGGGGUGGGGUGGGGCGAUGUUUAGAUAGGAAAGAAUAGAAGUUGUUUAGUAGUGAUUAACUUGGGGUUUACAUUUUCAUUUUCAGCUUUGUGGAUGAAUAUGAUCCAACCAUUGGUAAGUAUCUUGUAACAGGUGAAAAUAAUGCAUUUCUUUGGGAAGUGUUUACCUAAAAAUAAUGCUGCAUUAAAACAUUGCUAACUAGAAAAGGGAUUUUCUCGCUUAGUUUGACCAGUACAGAGUAGAUAUAUAAAUGUGUUUGCUUGUGCAAAUCGCCAACAAUCUUUGGUCUGUCUGAGUCAUUUAUGAAUUAUUUAUGUACCUGUACCAAAAAUUUUAAUUGACUCGUGCAAACCUUAUCUUACUGUAAUAAUAAAUAGAAAUCACAAUACUUUGCCAUUGACAGAAAAUGGUAUAUCCAUACAGGGUUUAAAUAAAGACUCAUUUUUAAAGCUUGCCAUUCGGGCAAGCUGAAGCUAGCAUAUACUAGCCCAAACGUCACUUCAACAAGCCCCAAAAACAUUUUGAUGAGCAGACUUUGCUUUAGUCCUCUUCUGGUUUCACAUAUCUUUUCUUUCGUAAAUUACUGUCUUAAAUCUGACAAUGAAAGUUCAGUGAAAUUUGUAAUUUUAAAAUUUUUAAGCCAAGUUACAAUUUAAAUAAAAUAUAUUCUGCCCAGCUUUAAAAAUCAUGUUGUUUUCAAUCAUUACAGAGGACUCAUAUAGGAAGCAAGUUGUUAUCGAUGGAGAAACAUGUUUACUGGUAUGUUGUGUGUUUAGCAAAAUACCACAGAUAACUAAUUUUGUACAUGUGUAUAUAGUUUACCUGCAUAUCACACCUUUGACCAUUAUAUGUGAACAUUUUUUCAUUUAAUUGAUGUCUGAUUUUUGUUUAAGUCUGUGUACUGUAUAUUUUAUUUACUAUUAAGCAACCAUCUUGGUCACCGUGGCGAGUGAAAAAAAUAUUGAUGACUAAACUUGCAGUGAAAUUUGACUUAGCGACCUGUGUUCGGUGGUCAUGCACCAAUAUGUACAAAGUUCCUUUACCUAAAGUUAAAUUGAGAUAAACAUUAUUUUGCAAGAAAUAUUAUAUUAUUUACGCUCCGUAUUCAAGACAAUAAUUUAUUAUUCCUCUUUUCACCCUGGUUGUCCUGGUAUGAAUCGUGGGACAUCCAAAUUCGAUUGCGACAAUGUAGGCAUGAUAGUUGGGAAGCCAUAAUGAUAAGACAAGCAGGAACUGGGUCAGAUAUAACAAAAAUGGGGGUUUUUGCAACAGCACUUUAGACGUCAAGCAAAUUAAAAACAGUGAAAAUCAAGGGCUAUAAUCAAAUCACAUGGUUAAAAAUUUGUUUGGCAAAUAAGUAUGACAUGAAAACUGAUUUCCCAUGAGAAAAAGUAUUUGUUGCAUGUGCUCUAGUAAAAAACAAAGUCAGGAAAAUGCAUCUGUUCUUUCAGGCAUCGUCCAGGCUUUGCGAAUUAAGAAAAAAUUAACAGUGUUUCAAGUUUUCAUCCUAAGUGUACAAUACUUGAAUAUCAAAUCAACUCUGGAAACUGCAAUAUUGUAGAUUUGAGUUUUUUUAGUAGCCGCCAUCAAGAUCGGACAAAAAUUUUGUGCCAGACAGGGUACUGCAUUAAAUGUGUUUAAAAUUACUGUAAUAGGCGUUACACAAAAGUAACUUAUUGCUUUUCCCAGCAAUAGGUAAUGCACUGUUUUCGGCUUCAUAUAUGUAAAUUGACCAUGAAGACUGACUGUUGCGUUUGUCAAUUGCACUGGCAGAAGAGCAACAACAAAAACUACAACAACAUCUUUAUUUUUUGUACAAAAAUACAAAAGUUGGAUGUUUUGCCCCACAAAUAGCUGGAAAGCUAGUUGUGGUGGGGCAAGACAAUUACAUGAAUAACACAAAUUAUCUAAUAAAAACAAAAACCUUUUGUAGCUUGUCAUUACCCGUCAUGCUGAAUGGUUUUCAGAAAAUGUACGUUCGUAAUAAGAGAAUAAUUUGUGAAUUAGGAUUGGAGCACACAAAAACACAUCUGCACAGCUCAAUGCACAUGUGUAGGUAGAGCAGGUUAAACAGUGUAACUUUCCCAAUAAAAACGUUUGGGAUUCUCUGCUGAAGUAAUUUAAAUUUCAACUUGCAUUAUUAUAUUUUGAACAGGAUAUUCUAGACACUGCAGGUCAAGAGGAGUACAGGUGAGGAUCUGCCAUCAGUAUUUUGAUUUCUAAACAGUGAAACCUCUAAUAAGUGGACAUCCUUAGACCCUCAGUGGAGGUUUGUUUUGUAAAUAAAAUAUGGGAAGAAAAGAGAGAAAGAUCCUGAUCCCCUCUUAACAAACAUUACCCACUUAAUGAUAAAAUUAGUAGCAGUAAUGAACAGUUUGACCUUUUAUUGCAUUACAUAUUGUUAGUUUCAAAGAGCAACACUCCUGAACAAGCACUACAUUGCCCAGGAACACUGUGGCAUGUUUUGUUUGCUUUGCACAUUGUUGAUGCUGAUUAAUAAUAGCAGUUGUUGUUAUUUACUUUGUAUGUGUACUUGGAAGGGAAAAUAGACCUUUUUUACAAGCUGCUGAUUGGCGCACAACCAACUUUCUUGGAAUGCAAGUUGUUAUUUUCCUGUAAUCCGAUCGGUCAACUUUGUCUAAGUGGCCCAGGUUACAAUAGUUGCAUUGUAAGUGGGCUGAAUUUAGAAAAAAUUUAAGAGCUUUUUUUUCUCUGGGGAUGAAGCCAGCUGUCCAUAAUAAUUAGGGGUCUAUAUUAAGUGGGUGUCUUUAGAGUGCAGUUCGACUGUACUGUUACAUGCUUAUGCAAAUAGAAAGUUAAAUGAUAUUAUCCAUCCCAAAUUAGCACAAUAAUGAUACAUGUUCUGUGUUGCUCUCUCAAGUACAUGUAGUUACAUCAGGGAUAAAGGCUAUCACUAAUAUGUACACUGUUCAUGUGGCGAUGUACAGUAGAUAAAAGCUGAUUUGAUAAUUUUUGAUGAAAGUUAUUAAAUUGUUUUUAUGAUAUUUUUAGUGCCAUGAGAGAUCAAUACAUGAGAACAGGAGAGGGUUUCCUUUGCGUCUUUGCUGUUAAUAACAAGAGAUCUUUUGAAGAAAUCCAUGCAUUUAGACAACAGGUACAUGUACCUUUAAAGAAGUUGCUUCAUAUGGAUUCACAUUGUUAAUGCAAGUUUAGAAUUUUUCAUUAGUGUCUAUAUGAUUUCUGUGAUGUAAGCUACAUGUACAUGUACCUUUAUGACUCUGCAGUAUUAUUUGGGUUAGAAUUUCUAAUAAUACAAGCGCAAAACUGUGAAAUACUGCUGCACAGGUUGUUGAAACAUCAGUCACUGUCAACAGCAACAGUGCAUUUUCAAGAAAUAGUAUGAGGUUACUGUUUUUAAGCUUCUUGGCUGGAAACAUUGUUUUCGAUGUAUUUCUGUCCCUGUUUUUUUUUUUUGAUUGCCUAUUCUUUCUUAUUUGUCAGAUCAAACGAGUAAAGGAUGCAGAUGAAGUACCUAUGGUUUGUAAGUGUUUUUAUGUACUUGCUUUCUGUUUUAUUAGUUUGGGCAAAUUCCUUUGGGAAAGCUACAGUACAUUGCUGUACUUUUGUUGCAAUAAAAACAGCCAAUGAAAAAACUUUAUUCCUACAUUAUAUUCUGUGUAACCUCCAUAAUUUCCCACUUGUUCAAAAAUUAAAUAUAGAACAAAAUUUGCUCUUCUUUCAACUUGGGAAAAUGCAGUUGAACGUCCACUAAGUGGCCACCUUCGGGGUACCAGCAACUGGUUGCUUAAAGGGGGUGGGGAUUGGUAGAGGUUUUUCAUGAAUUAGCGUACAUGUAGUCUAUAGCAGAAACAAUACUUUAUGUUGAAACAAACACCCAAGGCUAGCAACAUGAGUUGUCUACAGUCAGUUGUCCCCUUCUACAUGACUGUACAUGCAUCUCAGCUGGUAUGUUCCUUCAUUAUAUGUUUAAAGUAAAGCCAAACUAGGUGUAUUAAGCGCUUGGUGGCCACUUAAUAAUAGAGGUGGAAAUAAUAGGAGAACUCUCGUAAGAAUACCAGUUUUCCCUCAAAUUUUUGGUGAAUCGUCUCUAUAGGGUAGAAGAGGGUGGCGUUAAGGCAUAUUAACAAGGAAAAGGCCUCACUUCUGUUUGACAUGCUUUAUUUAAAAAUGUCUAAAGUUGUGUAAGUUUUCUAAUAUCAUUUUUUGCUCAUAUCCUUUGUAGUAUUUGUAAACUCCUCUGUGCCUCACUGAUAGAACUAUGUACAUGUACAUGUAAUGCAGGGAAGUGGUUGAAGUGAAAAUGAUCAUUUGAAUGAUUUAUCUUUCUCCCAGUGGUUGGAAACAAGUGUGAUCUUCAGAGGACAGUGAUGUCAUUGGAGGCGCAAGGUCUAGCAACAAGUUAUGGAAUCCCAUAUGUAGAGACUUCAGCAAAAACUAGACAAGGUGUUGAGGAUGCCUUUUAUACCCUUGUGAGAGAAAUUCGAAAAGAUGUAAGUAAUUGUGUGUAAGGGAAAUAAGUUUGGGGACUUUGUCUUCUGUCCACUUAAAAGAGGGUUAAUCGAGGGUGUCCGUUUAAUACUGGCAGGUUGUUCAUUUGGCAUCGGAGAUUGGAGAUUUUUCUGUUGACUAUGCAGAAUUCUCCGACUACUGUUCAGUAGCUUAUGACUACAGUAGAACCCCGGUAACUCAAACUCUGAAGGGAAACAAAAAACAGUUUGAGUUAGUAGGCAAUAGCGCUUUCCACUAUUACUAAAAAUAGGUUUUCUUGCCUUAGACCCCCCGCGUGACUCAGACAAACUUUGCAUUCUACUUCAAGGCUUUGUAUGGGAAACAUGAGUUUCCGACAUGAAAAUUGUUCAUAAAAUUCACAAUGAUCGAGCGUUUUUAAAAAUUUUUUGGGCAUAAUUCCAAUAUAUAAGAAGGCACUACUGCUAUAGGGAGCAAAACCUGGUCCAGUAACUCAAAUAAAUGGUUAAAAUCAGAAAAUAAAGUGACUCAAUCAAAGAAGGCUACUGAAAUCGGAUCCCUAGCUCUUUGUCUUAGGCAGAAAGCACUGCUAUGCACUGAAACAUGACAUAACAUCAUUGGCUAUGUGAUACUCCAAAACCGAAAUUGCUAAAGAGAAAAUUGAGUUUGGAUGUGCUUCUCACAAGCCUGUGACAGAAUAUCCAAGGUGAAAAGCACACCAAUAUUAGCACAAACCGGAAGUUGUAUAAGUUUGUUCUGUUGUGGUGUGGCCAGGUAGACCAUAUGAAUCUGGGACAAAUACUUUAGUACUUUUUAUUGUAUACAUACUGAGACUUGAUACUCACCAAAAAGUUAUGUCAUAAAUUUUCAUACGCAAAUUAGUUCUAGCCAAUCAGGGGAGCAAACUAUGGUUUUCACAGUGAAAAAAAUGAUACCUCCAAUCAGAAUCGCGAACGACGUUUUUUACGUGUGAGAAAAAUGAUACUUGUCCAAUCAGAAGCCACAGAGAUGUGUGAGUUUCGCGCCAAAAUUCCCGCCUUUUAUUGCAGCUUGCAGCGCGGCUUCGCACACAUUCAAUGAGUAAAGUUUUACUCAAAGAGUUUUUCUUGCUAGAAAAGUGAAAAACAUUUCGGAAAUGGAGUGGAAUAGUUCCGUUUGUUUCACUGUCGAUAAAGAAAACGGUAGAGAGUCGGCGAAACAACAGCGGAAAGGGAAAAACAGAACGAGACGUGAGCUUUUGUUGUGCUUUUUGUCGGAGCUACUUUGCCUUUCAUUUAAGCUUUAACCUUUCAUUUAAGCUCAAUUGUACAUUGAGAACAAACAGUUAAGAUUACUUAUAGUUCUUGGAUCACCUCAUAUCCUUAACGUCAUUUAUGUUUUCAAGAAAUGUUUUUACUAAAAAGCUGAUACUUCGUUUUCAUUGUCAUUUUGCGGUAAAUUUGUAGUGGCAAAUUUUAGCAUUUUUGAAAGAUUUAAAAUAAAAAGGCCGCCAAAAUGAUGAAUGUCUCAGUAUGUAUAUGAUAAACACAAUACCACAUGGAAAGUGCUGGCGUAUGGUAUUUACGCACUCGUUGUUUUUGUAUCAGAAAUCUUAGUCGUUCGCUGUCCUCACUGGUUCGAUUUCUGAUACGUCAACAACUCGUGCGUAAAUACUGUACACCAGCACUUUCCAUGCAGUAUUGUCUAUAUAUCCUGUAGUACUAAGUAGUGUAACAUAAGCACAAAAAAAAAUUGAGCAACCUGUGCCUGUAAGUUUAACCAAAUGCACCGUUUCAUGUGUAGCUAUGAAGCCCCGGCCUGCUCUCCACACAUUUCAACAUAAUUUUGCCCACAGUAUUAUGAUGCCGCAUAAGAAAUAAAACCAUUCAUCUGUACAGUUUUUUCCAUGUUUAAUGCUGUCUUGGCACACGUUGAUUAUUCUCAGGAUAUUUAUUGUCGAAACCAAGCUGGAUUUUGUUUCCUUUAACGAUGAACAUCUUCAAAGAUGACGAAAAUUUGUUGCUGAAUGUGACUUUCCCAUACUAAACUCCUAGGCUGGUCAGGUUUAAGUCUGAGUCACAGCAGGGAGCAGAAAUUUGUGACAUUAUUAGUAGAAAGGGCUAUUCGAGUCAUUGGGAUAAAUUUCAAUGAAAUUUUGAUCAAGGNAUGCCGCAUAAGAAAUAAAACCAUUCAUCUGUACCGUUUUUUCCAUGUUUAAUGCUGUCUUGGCACACGUUGAUUAUUCUCAGGAUAUUUAUUGUCGAAACCAAGCUGGAUUUUGUUUCCUUUAACGAUGAACAUCUUCAAAGAUGAUGAAAAUUUGUUGCCGAAUGUGACUUCCCAUACUAAACUCCUAGGCUGGUCAGGUUUAAGUCUGAGUCACAGCAGGGAGCAGAAAUUUGUGACAUUAUUAGUAGAAAGGGCUAUUCGAGUCAUUGGGAUAAAUUUCAAUGAAAUUUUGAUCAAGGGAAAGGAAAUUUAGUUAGAGUUAUCAAGGUUCUACCUUACAGUAUUUAGAUCAAUUUUGGUUUCGGGAAACUGUCCACCUACCCCUCCCUUAAACCAACAUUUUGCCCUAAGUGAGAAGUAAACUUGUGUUAAUGUUAGCUUAGGGGAGGGGUAGGUGGGCAGUUUCCCAGAGACCUAAACUGACGCCAGUAUUUUUUAUUUAGAGGUGGAGCCUCUUUCAAAAAUAAUUUUCUCCUGUAAACAUUACACCUUUCUCCUGCUACUAGGGUUAUAUAUAAUGAAAACCCUGAUACAGGUUUCAUAAGACUGUGGUUACCUUAUUCUCCCUCAUUAUAUGUAGUAUAUUUUAAGUGCUACAGUUUCAAAUCAAAUGAUGUAUUACUGUCAAACUAAGAAAACUUUGACUACUGAGACAUUAUGAUUAAUCACAGCAAUGAUCGGAACGUGUGAGCAAGCCACAAAAUCACUAACUACAGUCGAACCCCGCUAUUUCGAACUCGGUUAAUUCGAAGUCCCCGCUAUUUCGAAGGAAGAUCGAAUUCCCUUGGAUUUACCCUUCCCCUUUACGCUUCCCCGGUUAUUUCAAAACCCCGCUAUUUCAAACUUUUUUUCUAUUUCCCUUGGGACUUCGAAAUAGCGGGGUUCGACAGUACAUGUAAUUACCAUUGUUGCUUGUGGUAUAGUUUUCACAAGCCUGUUUGGCAUUUUUCUUGGAACAAAAUACCAUUCCAGAAAAAUAUUUCUACUGUUUAUGGUUGUCUGAUUUUUUCUGUUUUUAUUUUUACCUUGGAAAAUGUUAAACAGUAUGAAGUUAAAUCAGUCAAAGAAAAACACUAAUAUUAAUAAUUUAUAUCCUUGUGCUUAAACAAAGUUAAGAAACAUCUUUACAUUACUUCUCAAUUUAUCUUUUUUUCUUUUAUUUAAUAGAAAGGAAAGAAACCACUUCCUAAGAUCAAGAAGAAGAGGAGAUGUAUAAUCUUAUAG